CUAGUCCAGUGCUAUGAAAAUGGGCGAGGACAGUGCAGAACGUGAAGAUGGGAGCCUAGAAGCAGUAUCUUGUGGUAACAUUUUGGAAUCGUUCACCGAGAGCCAAGAGACCCGAGAUUUGAUUGUCAGCCUUCGGACUACUUGUGAAGAGCUGGUGACCAGAGAAGUAUGCACGCAGAGAUUUAUAGUUAUCAUGGACAAAUACCAGGAACAGCCUCACCUUCUGGACGCACAUUUAGAGUGGAUGUUGGAUCUGUUACUGGAAAUUAUUCGGGAUAAAUCAUCCUCACCCCUUCUUUUCCACCUGGCCUUUAAAUUCCUCUAUAUCAUUUCUAAGGUACGCGGUUAUAAAAUUUUCAUCCGCCUUUUCCCACAUGAAGUGGUUGAUGUACAUCCCGUGCUCGACAUGAUCCGUGCGCAGAAUCCUGCUGAUCACGAGACAUGGGAAACCCGCUACAUGCUGUUGCUGUGGCUCUCCAUGGCUUGUCUUAUUCCAUUUGAUCUCUCCAGAUUGGAUGGGAAUCUCUCUACUGAUCAAGGACAGAAACGCCAAUCUACCAUGGACACCAUCCUGGAGGUUGCUAAGUCCUACUUAUUGGUGAGUGACAAGGCCCGAGAUGGAGCUGCUGUGCUGGUAUCAAAGUUCGUCACCCGCCCCGAUGUGAAACAGAAGAGAUUGGCAGAUUUCCUGGAUUGGUGUCUCUCAACAUUGUCAAAGUCCUCGUACCUGACCAUCGAAGGCAGGAAUAUCAUGGAUGGGAUUCUGCAGGCCUUGGCUCAACUCUUCAAGCAUGGGAAGCGCGAGGACUGUUUGCCAUAUGCCUCCACUGUCCUCACUGCCACUGAUAACUGCAAGCUGUCUGACAGCAACAACAAUCUCCUUCACAAGCUGGGAGUCAAGCUUGUCCAACGUCUAGGACUCACAUUCCUUAAAACCAGAGUUGCUAAGUGGAGAUAUCAGCGGGGAUCUAGAUGUUUGGCUGCCAACCUGCUCCAGAAUUCCGAAGAUACCCAAGAAGCAAUGGAAACCUCCUCCCCUGACAAUGAGGACCAUGAGGAGUACGAUAUCCCUGAAGAGAUAGAGAAUGUUAUAGAACAGUUGCUGGUCGGAUUGAAGGACAAAGACACCAUUGUGCGAUGGUCUGCAGCAAAGGGGAUUGGCCGGCUGACGGGACGGCUCCCUAGAGAGUUAGCCGAUGAGGUGGUGGGGUCUGUGCUGGACUGUUUCAGUUUUCAAGAAACUAAUAACGCCUGGCAUGGCGGAUGUCUAGCUUUAGCUGAAUUGGGCCGGCGAGGACUGCUGCUUCCAUCUCGACUUCCCGACGUUGUCCCCGUCAUACUAAAGGCAUUGGUUUAUGAUGAGAAACGCGGGGCGUGCAGCGUGGGUUCAGCUGUCCGGGACGCUGCCUGUUAUGUCUGUUGGGCCUUCGCCCGUGCCUAUGACCCUCCCGAAUUGAAGCCAUUUGUAAAUCAGAUUGCAAGUGCGUUGCUAAUCGCUGCCAUCUUUGACCGCGAUGUGAGCUGCAGAAGAGCUGCUUCGGCAGCCUUCCAGGAGAAUGUGGGGAGACAGGGUACUUUUCCACACGGUAUUGACAUCUUGACCGUAGCAGACUAUUUUGCAGUCGGGAAUCGAGUCAGUUGCUUCCUCAAGAUCAGUGUAUUUGUUGCUGACUUCCCAGAAUACAAUUUGGCGAUGAUUGAUCACCUAGUGAAGAUGAAGAUUAACCAUUGGGAUGGUGUCAUUCGAGAGCUGUCCACAAAGUCCCUGCACAACCUUACGCCGAUCACACCUGAAUACAUGACCAAAACAGUGCUGCCUCAUUUCCUCCCUUUGGCUACCAGCACAGACUUGCACACCCGCCAUGGCGCCAUCUUGGGUUGUGCUGAAAUUGUCCAUGCACUUUAUAAGCUGGCGGUUCAUAAUAACAAAACAGUAGCUGAUUACCUGGAUGAAGAGACUCUGAAAAGUUUAAUAGCGAUUCAUCAGAGGCUCCAGGAGCGUCAGUUAUACAGGGGUCUGGGUGGAGAGUUAAUGAGACCAGCAGUUUGCCUUUUGAUAGAAAAUCUUUCCCUCUCCAAAAUCCCACACCCGGGAGAUGCUGCAAUAGCCGAUUGGCAGCAGCUUAUCAAUGACACUUUGAAAAGCCUCCAUUUGUUCUCCAGCUCUGCCCGUCAGAAGAUAAAGGAAGCCGCUGUGUCAUCCCUGUCCGCCUUGUGUAAUGAAUUUUAUCAGGACCCGGACGGAGAGGUCGAUCCAGUCCAGCGAGAUGGCAUGUUGCAGUUUUACAUCGGGCAGCUCCAGAGCUCGGUAGAGAUGACUCGCUGCGGAUUCUCCCUGGCACUGGGUGCCCUGCCACGGUUCAUGCUCAAGGGCAAGCUUCAACAGGUCCUGGAAGGCCUGCGGAGGGUCACCUGCAUCUCCCAGAAAGACGUCAGCUUUGCUGAAGCCAGAAGAGACGCCCUGAAGGCCAUAUAUCUGGUCUGCCAGAGUGUGGGGGUCAUCGCUGAUGGCUCACCGGACGACGUGUUGUGCAGGGACAACGUACCCCUCGUCUACAAAACACUAUUAGACUGCAUGAACGACUACACCACCGACAGUCGGGGGGAUGUGGGAACAUGGGUGCGAGAAGCAGCUAUGGGCAGCCUAAUGGAUGUCACAUUAUUACUGGUGGGAAGCGAGCCCGACCUCAUAGGAGAAGACUUCUGCCGAAGAAUGAUGUGUGCCAUAGCUCAGCAGUCUGCUGAGAAGAUUGACCGCUUCCGAGCUCAUGCCGGCUCGGUGUUCCUCGGCCUUCUUUAUCAAGAUAACCCGCCUGUGCCGCACAUUCCACACCGGGAGGAGCUGGAGCGAAUAUUCCCUAGAUCCCAGGCAGGUUCAUUGAACUGGAAUGCCCCGUCACAGGCCUUCCCUCGUAUCACGCAACUUCUGGGAUUACCCACAUACAGAUAUUGUGUUCUUUUGGGAUUAACAGUUUCUGUCGGUGGCUUAACAGAAUCAACGGUGAGAUACUCUUCACAGAGUCUGAUUGAAUACCUCCGAGACAUCCAGAGCAAUGCUGAAGCCAUGGAUUCUUUUGUCAAGACGCUGCUGCAAGUCUUCAGGGACAACCAGCACAAAGACCGAGUCUCCAUCCCUUUGCUGAAGAUGUUGGACCAAACGUUGGCCAAUAGCUGCUAUGAGCCCUACACACAGGAGGAAAACCACCAAUUCGCCCGGGAGCUGCUGUCAUUGUGUAAAAUGGAGAUUAGAAAAUCAAAGAACAUCCCAAAGCUGCGCUCCAGCAUCGCUGUGUUCUGCAGCCUGAUCCAGUUUCCUGGGGAGAUCCGGAAGGAGGUGUUAGGCCAGCUGCUGCUCCUGCUGUGUUACGCCUUCCCCGUGGUGAGAAAAUCCACAGCCAGCGAGUUGUAUGAAAUGUUCAUCACAUAUGACGACAUUGUGGAACCCGAAAAUCUGGAUGAAAUUCUGGAAGUUCUGAGUGACACCACCUGGGACGCUGAUCUGGCCAGUGUGAGAGAGAAGCGGAAUCUCCUCUGUGACUUGAUGAACGUGCCAAAGCCGACCAUCGUCACCAAGGUCUCUCAGUCCUGA